UAAAAUUAUCGCGCAUGAUUUAGUACAAUUUAGAUGAUAACAGCGCGCGGUGUUACCGUGGGUUGUUUGCAAACCGCCUAACGAUGUAAUAUGAUUUUCGACACUGAUAAUGUAUCGAAUGAGAGUCAUCCUUCACAUUCAUCGUACUCGCCAAAAUAAGAUGCUUCAAGGUCCGCGCCUUAAUCUGUUACGAGCUUUUCUAUUUGCGCUUGAACUCUAUCAAAUUAAAGUUUUAAAGCAUAUAUAUAUACAUGUAUUUCGCUACAUGAAGUUUCUAUCAAAUGUUUAAAGCGAAUUAAUAAUAACCAACUUAGAGGAAUUUAUCUAAACAAAUUGGACCACUUAACGAAUAUUAAUGUACUUGACGUACAUAGAUGACUAUGAAAAAUUAUUGCAACGAAUGAACUGUAUAUUAUGUAAAAAAAUUCAAUAUCGUAUACACAGAGAAGGUUUGCUCAAGAAACAGUCGAGAAACGAUUUUAUUCAUUCUGCUUUUGGAAUCAAACGGUCCAAGUUAUGCAACGAUUGUCAAAAUCUACAGAUUGUUACCAGCUUUAUCUUCCCAUCGUGGUUUCAUGUUGACCAUUUUUUUGACCUGCAGACAAUUCCCCGUGCUCGAUAGGAAUGCUCAACUAUAGUAAAGUAUGAAAAACCUAAUAAUUUAAAAACAUCUGUAAAAAGAAAUGUCCAAUAAUAUAAUCAUUGACAUAACCGUCGCAUACAAUUCCGAAAUAAUUUCUUUUUUGUCGCGCUAAAAUCUAGAUGAUUAAUUUUAUAACGUAAAAGGUUUAUCAAUAUCAACUGUAUUACUGAAAAUAAAAAUGUGUUGAUAAGAACUCAAAAAGGAGGAACAAUAAUAUGCAUUAAACAGGCAGAAAAGAUAUUACCGUCUAUCUUCGUGGAUUAUGAGAUCUAAUAUGUAUAAUUAUGUUGUUUGAUAUCAACCGUCAUAAUUCUUCUAAUUUUUGAGUUUCCGGCACGUUUUCGCAAGAUCGACGCAUUGAUAAUAAACUAUAACGCGAGACCCUAUGACCUCAAGCGAGUCUUGGAUGAUAUAUUGAAAUUCUCAUGAACGUUGACUAUUUCUAAGCACGAAGCAAUGUUCACACUUUGUGUUUUAAAAUUAUACAUUAUUCGUAAUGGUUAAGAAUUUAUAUUAUUUUAAUUGAAGAGUUGUAUAAUAUCGGGUCGAUAUAAAAGAAAAUGUAUACAGAAAAGUAUUUUAAUAUUUUUCUAACAUCACAAAAAAUUAUACUGUUUUAAACUAUUCUAUUUUAUAAACUUAUGGAUUUAGGAAGGAAAUAUAAAAAUGGUAUUGAAUGCGUGUUCUGAAAAAAAAUUUUUUUAUUAAUAGCAAACAUCAGUGUUCGUGAUCACGACAUCCACGCGACAAUUAGUACAUCGCGUCUAUUCUCUAAUUCUUCAAUCGUACAGAAUUGUUCAAUAAAAUUGGUAAAAUCGAUUUUUAAAGUUCUGUACAUAACGAGGAUUUGACUACAUCCAUCAAGUCAAGCGAAGAAAAUCCAAUAAAACCAAUAAAUAUUUACGUCUUCGGAUCGUGUGUCCUCGUCAUAAAGGCAGAAAAUAUCUUAAUGAUUCGACUCGCACGUGUUCUAGUUUCUUCCCUUAUUACGUAAUAAUUAGUUUCUGUAUAAAUUGAAAAUAAUGCUAAACGUUUGAUUUCCUCGCAAUGUAUGUAUCCGAAAUUAAUAGAUUUAAAAAAUUUCAGAAUACAGCGGUGAAUUAAUUCCUUUUUCUCGUUUUUACAGAACAUAGUCUUGUCCUUAUUCAUAAGAUCAAUGAGCAAUGCCUUCACCGAUCUUAAAAAGAUUUUGGCUGAGAAAAUUCCUAAAGAACAAGAGCGUGUCGCGGCUUUCCGUAAAAAGUACGGAACCACCAAAGUUGGAGACGUUACCGUGAACAUGGUAAUUUUUGUUUGUUGUGCAAUUCCGACUAUAUCAUUCGUUUUUCUUGUUAAACAUCCGAUGAUGAAUAGAUUAUCGAACGUAACAGCAAUGUUAUUGCCAGAACGGAACGUUACGUGACAAAAAUGAUAUAUUAAUAGAUUAAGGCACGUAGAAAACACAAUACGUAUUAACUUUUGUAAUGUUCAUAGGUGGACGAUAAGGACUGUACAUAUAAACAAAUUUGUAGGUUCUCGGAAUAAUUCUACCCGCCUAACAAUCGUAAUCUUUGUAUCACUUUCUCAAUGAUUUUCUGGAGGCAAUAGAAUUCUUUGUGUUUAAUUUAACGAGAUCUGACUAAGGAAAAAACUUGUGCAAUAAUAUAUUUAUGGUGGUAUGCGCGGGAUGUUAGGACUUGUGUGGGAACCAUCGGUUCUAGAUCCUGAAGAAGGUAUUAAAUUUCGAGGAAAAUCGAUUCUGGAAUGCCGGAAGAUUCUACCGAAAAUCAAAGACGAACCACUUCCGGAAGGUUUGUUCUGGCUGCUGAUUACCGGUGAUGUUCCUACGGAAGCCCAAGUGAAAGAAAUCUCUAAAGAAUGGGCCUCCAGAUGCGCAUUACCUGAUUACAUAGUCAAAACUCUGAACAACUUCCCCAAGUCGGUUCAUCCCAUGCAUCAAUUCUCUGCGGCGCUCACUAUUCUAAGUACAGACAGUAUAUUCAAAAAAGAAUACGAGGCAGGUAUACACAAAUCCAAAUAUUGGGACGCCACUUACGAAGAUAUAAUGAACCUGAUUGCCAGAUUACCCGUACUCUGUGCCAUGAUAUACAGAAACCUUUACAAGGAUGGCAAACUCGGGGCAUCUGUGGACCCAGGCGGAGACUGGUCUGGCAAUUUCGCAAAAAUGCUCGGUUACGACGACCCACAAUUUGCUGAACUUUUACGAUUAUACCUAACGAUUCACGCUGAUCAUGAAGGUGGAAAUGUAUGUGCGCACACGACCCAUUUGGUGGCUUCGACAUUGUCCGAUCCCUAUUCUGCAUUCGGCUGUGGAAUGAGCGGUUUGGCAGGUCCUCUUCAUGGCCUUGCAAGUCAAGAAGUAUUGCUAUGGCUAAAGAAGGCGUGCGCUGCAAUCGGAGAUAGUCCCACUGAUGACGAGCUGAAAGGCUUUAUUUGGAAGACGCUGAAGAACGGUCAGGUCAUUCCUGGAUACGGUCAUGCCAUACUCAGAAAGACUGAUCCUAGGUAUAUAUGCCAAAGAGAAUAUGCAAUGAAACACAUGCCGGAUGACAAACUAAUCAAGCUCGUUGCUCAAGUGUAUAAAGUAGUUCCCCCCAUUCUUAUGGAACUUGGUAAAGUAGCAAACCCAUGGCCAAAUGUAGAUGCUCAUUCGGGAGUUCUCUUACAAUGCUAUGGAAUGACAGAGAUGCAAUAUUACACUGUCCUGUUCGGAAUAUCACGUGCUCUUGGUGUUCUGGCAUCUCUCGUUUGGUCUCGUGCUCUCGGCCUUCCAAUAGAAAGACCCAAAUCCAUAAGCACUGACAAGCUUAUGGAAUUGGUUAAAGCUAAAUAAAAGAAAACCAUUCUUAUUCGUGAAAAAUUAUGUUCACUAAAGCUUUCUAAAUAGCGUUUUUGCAACAUAGAACGAACUUAUAUACAAUUUAAUCGUCAAGCUCUUUAAGAAAAUGCGUGCAUUAACGGUAAACAAAAUUCAUUGUAAAUACACGUGUUGCUUUUUAUUAACUUAUGCAAUAACAAUUUUAGAAAUAAAAAUGACAUAAUUCA